AUGAAGUUUCUGCAACAAAAUUCCUUCACACAAACGUCAAUGUCUCAGCCACAUGAGGAUGUUUCCCCGCCACUUCGUCACCCAUAUCUUACCGGCAACUUUGCUCCAAUCCAUAAAACAACAAAUCUCACUCCAUGUACAUAUAGUGGGUGCAUACCGCCGGAACUGACUGGUGGUCAAUACGUUCGCAAUGGCGGCAAUCCCGUCAGCCACCAAGACCUUGGCAAAGAUGCCCAUUGGUUUGACGGCGACGGUAUGCUCUCUGGCGUCGCGUUCAGAAAGGCAUCCAUAGAUGGCAAGACCAUACCAGAAUUCGUCAAUCAGUAUAUCUUGACGGAUUUGUACUUAUCCAGAAAGACGACGUCUAUUGCCUCACCAAUAAUGCCAAGCAUCACGACCCUGGUAAAUCCGCUAUCUACUAUGUUUCAGAUCAUGUUCGCGACCUUCAGGACGAUAUUCCUCGUCAUUCUCUCGAACCUACCUGGAUCCCAACAAGCUAUCAAGCGUAUCAGUGUCGCCAAUACUGCUGUCUUAUACCAUGAUGGUAGGGCUUUGGCGACAUGCGAAAGCGGGCCGCCCAUGAGGAUACAGCUUCCCUCGCUGGAUACUGUCGGCUGGUUCGACGGUGUUGAAGCUGAAGGUGAGCCUGAGAUAUCGCAAGCCGGCAGUGAUGACUCUCCGUUCGGCGGUAGCGGGAUCUUCAGCUUCAUGAAGGAAUGGACGACGGGGCAUCCCAAGGUCGACCCCGUUACUGGAGAAAUGCUUCUUUAUCACAACACCUUCAUGCCACCAUACGUGCACUGCUCAGUACUUCCUAAGAGCAACGAAAAGGCGCCUGGGCACAGACUUGUGAAUCAGCCGGUUUUGGGAGUAUCUGGCGCUCGAAUGAUGCACGACUUCGGAGCGUCUCGAAGUCAUACUAUCAUCAUGGAUCUUCCUCUGAGCCUUGACCCUCUCAACACAAUGAAAGGCAAAGAAGUUGUAGCAUACGAUCCGACGAAGCCUUCACGGUUUGGUGUGUUCCCGCGACAUCUACCAUCCAGUGUGCGGUGGUUUCAUACAGCACCAUGCUGUAUCUUCCAUACUGCGAAUACUUGGGAUUCUCAGUCCAGCGAAGGAGAACUCUCUGUUAAUCUGCUUGCGUGUCGGAUGACUUCUUCUACGCUAGUGUAUACAGCGGGGAACAUUCGGCCACCAGUGAGGUCUAGGUGUACCCAAGCACGGGUCUGGUCAGACGAGAGGGAAGAAACAGCUUGCAGAUAUAAGGAGGCUCCUGCACUUGAAUCACCAGGUGAAUCAACGGGGUUGGCCGACUACUUUCCCAUCACUGCAGAGUCCGACGACUACGAUCAAUGCCGGCUAUACUACUACGAAUUCGAUUUGGCGAUGGAGUCCCGGAACCACGUCAAGAGCCAGUGGGCCCUCUCAGCGAUACCUUUCGAAUUUCCGUCAGUGCGUCCAGACCGAGAGAUGCAAGAAGCUCGCUACAUCUACGGCUGCAGUACAUCGACUUCCUGUUUCGGCGUUGCUCUCGGACGAGCUGAUAAGGUAGAUCUUCUUGUCAAGAUGGAUGCCAAGACCCUCAUCCAACGUGGGAAAAAGAUGAACGCAACAUCCAUCACUGGGUGCGUCGAUAGACGUUCAGUCUGCGAGAUCCUUCAAGAACAAAGGAAGGACGAUCCUAUAAACAUAUUCCGUCUUCCACCAAACCACUACGCCCAAGAACCGCGGUUCGUUCCUCGAGCUUGUUCAACUGAGGAGGACGAUGGGUAUCUGCUCUUUUACGUCUUCGACGAGUCUCAACUCCUGCCAUCUGGCGAUUGUCCUCCAUCUGCUACAUCUGAGCUUUGGAUUCUUGAUGCUAAGAACAUGCGUGAUGUAGUGGCCAAGGUCAGGCUUCCGCAACGAGUUCCAUAUGGUCUGCAUGGAACUUGGUUCUCUAGUCAAGAUAUCGAAUCUCAACGGUCUGUGGAGUCUUUGAGAAGUUUGGAAGUAGUGCAGAGGAAGAAGGAAGAAUGGGUUAAUAGUGGGGGACAGAUAAGGAAGUCGUGGAUGGUAUUACGAGAGAAGUUGGAGAAAGCUGUUGGAUGA